AUGAAGUCCACCACCACUCUCGCCUCUUUCGUCGCUCUCGCUGCGACCGUCUUCGGCUCAGCGCACCAUUACCAUCAACAACAAGUGCUCCUACACCAUCUGGCACGUCUCUUCACCGCGGCCAAUGCCCCAGUCCCCUCGCAGGCCACUGGUUUCCAAAUGAAUGCGGGAGCCAGUGUCAACUUCCAGGUCGCCGACACUUGGUCGGGACGCAUCUGGCCUCGCACUGAGUGCGACUUCUCGCAGCCGGACACGACGAGCUGCGCCACGGGCAGCUGCCUUGGAGGUCUUGAAUGCAGCACGACCGGAGGAACCGACAUUCCUCCUGCCACUCUGGCCGAGUUCACGCUCGCUUCGAGCGGAAACGACAACUACGAUGUCUCGCUCGUUGACGGGUUCAACGUCCCGCUCCAGAUCACUCCGUCUGCUUCGGGGUGCACCGCUCCCGAAUGCUCGGCGAACCUGAACCCCAACUGCCCUGCCAGUCUUCAGGUCAAGGACGGAUCCGGCGCCAUCGUCGGAUGCAAGAGCGACUGCGCGGCCACGAACGACUCGGCGGCGUGCUGCACGGGCGACCAUUCGACUCCGGCGACUUGCCCUUCGAGCGGUGUUCCGGACUACCAGUACUUCAAGGGCCCCUGCCCGCAAGCGUACGUCUACGCUUAUGACGAUGCCAGCUCUCUCUUCACCUGCGCUGCGUCCAGCUCGGCUGACUAUACGAUCACCUUCUGCCCUUGA